UUCAGGUUACCUGUCAGUGCACACCUGAACCAGCAGCAGCCUUGCCUGUGCGCCGCUUGUUCCACGAUCCAGAAAAAUGUUCGUAAAGAUGAUGUUUUCCUGUUUGCACUGUGAUAGGUAGCCAUUGCAUUUGAUGAAUCGACGAUGUGUAAACGAGGAGACGUGUAAAGAGGCGUGUAUCCUAGCAACAAGGAGUUCAUGGAUUGUGACUGUGGGCAGAGAGGCAGAGGUGGUCCUGUCUUCUUCUUUGACCAGCCAACAAGACAGAAGUGGAUUCAAAGCAACAUUUUACACUUUUACAAGUGGAGGGUCACAGCUGGAUGGCCCUCAGCUAAGUCAGCAAGAGGAGAACCAAAAAGGUGAAAGCAACGAUUUAAACACCCAGAAGCCCUCAGGUGAAGCCUUCAAUGAUAAAGAACCUGAUGCUUCAUCAUCAUCCGUCAGUGCUGCACCAAAGGAUCUGAUGGACGCCUACAGGCGAGCGGCCCCUCACUUAUUAAACAAAUUGGCUCAUCUACUUUCACAGCAUAAGUGGUCGCAGAAAGACUGCAUCCCCAGCGGCGUUGUCAAUAUCCUGAAUUACUCCUGGCUCGAUCUGACUGCAGGGGCGUCGCUCCGCUUGAGAAGUCGAGUGGCGAUGACUGAGAAACAGGGGAGGUCCAAAGUCUCUCUGAAGAGGGAGAAAACACCUCGUCAGGUUGUUGAGCCUGCCAAGGAGGAAAGAGGAGAAGGGAACUGUUGUGUGGAUGGAAAUGCAGGUUCAUUUUGGAGAAAAGUUGAAGUGAAAAAAUGGGGAAAAAAGAACAAACGCACCAAAAGAGCUUCAAACUCCACAGCAGUGAGAUUCUCCAUCUCAGCCUGUAGCUGUGAAGAUCCAGGUGGGAUCGCUCAGCCAAAGCAGCACCUCUGUGAUGAGCCUGAAAGCAUCCAAGUGAUUCAGUGGGCGGUGGAGCGACUGCGGGCAGCACGAAAUCCUCAAAAUCUGCCACCAGCUGAGCAGGAUCUGAAUAAAGCUUUUAUUCUCCGUCAUUAUGGUGAUGGAAAGGAAGAUCUUUCUAAGAGAAGAAGAAGAAGAACCACGCCUGGACCUCUGGUUGAUGCUAAACUCCAGAUACCAGAAGAGCAGCUGCAGAAUCCAGCCCCUCAGAAACUGCACUACCACAUGAAUGAUGGCUCCUCAUUCAUAUACUACCCGUCCGGCAGCAUCGCUGUGUGCCAGAGCUGCUCAUGUCUGCCUCACGGAGGCUUCUGCACCAACGUGUUCGCCGACGCCCAGCACCCUGUCACACUGAUGACCAUCACACCUUUUGGACAUGGGGCUGUUACAAAUCCUCUCUACUCCAUCAUCACAGCCGUGUGGGAUCAGGGAGGCGGGUUGAUGUUUGAUGAUUAUGGCAACAUAACCAAGGAGUGGAGCUGGCAGACAUAUCACACACUGAGGGGGGAAAUUAUCAUACAGGUCUCAGAGGAGAUCUCAGUGAGGCUCUUCAGUGGGACGUCUGGUGUGCUCAGCUUCAGAUGUGAAAAUGAAAGUGUUCAGCUUCCACUUUCUUGUGUCCCUAAUAAAAGCCAGUUGAAGAAAAUGACAGAGAACAAAUUGUUCUCUGUUGCUGCUCAGGAGCUGCAGCAGCCAAAGAGGCAGAAACAUCCUGCAGGAGUAGCAGAGAGCAAACGCAGCCUGGGGAAAACACCUAUGGUUAAAGAAGAGGAGCAGCAGGUGGAGCCAUUAGCUCUGUGGCGAAGACGAGGAAAUGCCGCGAGGGAGCUGCAAAGGAUGCAGCAAAGAAUGCGAAACACAGUGGAGACCUGGCUGGACUUCUACCGUGCUGCCAUCGGUAUCAAGUGUCCUGACACGGAGCCACUGCCAGGGGCCCAAAAGUGGACCCGGCAGAGACGAGCAGUGCAGCUGGCUGCUCUGCCCUCACUGAACUCACCUGAAUGCAAGAAAGCUGCACAGUUGCAUGCUGGGAGACGCAGGAGGGAUGAGCUCAGAGAGAACCACAGAGGCCUCUCAGCAGAGAAACCUCGGGGCCGCUUUGUCCAGAUACAAAGGACACUUGAGAAGCAAGACAGAAAAACGUCCCCUGUCACGCAGAUCGGACCCCUUCGGAUCCAUGGUGACAUCAAACCCGAGUCGGUGAUUCUUUCACACCCUGCCGGGUCUGAAGCUUCACCCAUCUGCAGUCAGACAGCUAUGGUACCUCUUGCUCCCUCCAUCCCUCUCACAACCUGCCCUGCUCUGCUGAGAGCUGCCCUACAGGGGGAGGAGCGGCAGAGGAGGAGGUGCUGCUGCAGUGCAACGCAGAUGCCGGUGGUCACUGACCUAGAGUAUGAUGCUUUCAUUACGGGUCAGCCUCUUCACAGCAAACAGAUACUGGUGGUAUGUGUUACGCCACGUCAGCAGCCUGUUAACAAACACGCAGCAACCAGGUGGGAUGCUCUGGAGGAUCUCUACAGGAGGAGGAACAAGCGCAGAACCAUGCCAUGCACCGAGUGCCAGAUGGACUCUUUUCGCCUGGUCAGGUACGAGAUGUCGGCCGGAUUGGCAGGCUCUGGGCCUGAGAACGUUCUGCUGCAACAGCGACAUGAUGCUUCUCCUGGGAUGUUCUUGAUGUACCUCAAUGGGAAGCUGCUGUUUUCGAGCCACUUGUUCAGUGAUGACAGCUUCUCUGUCAAGGAUCUUCAGACGCAAAUUUGCAGAAGCAGGAAAGAACACAGACUGGGUUUGAGUCUCCCUACAGACCAAAACUCCAGGUAUAACUGCAGGGUUCCUUCUGAUUGGCUGCAACAGAGUCACUCCAGUUAGUCAUUAGUUUCAAAGAACUGCUGAGGAAAUGUGGCAUCAUGUCAGUUAAAGCUAUUAAUAAAAAGAAAAAGGUCGAAAACACAUGACUUUUUGAUCAAUACUAGAGUUUUUUAUGAUCACCACAGUGACGUAAAACCUC